UCUCCGGUCGCGCGCAGAGGGAGACCGGCGACCUAACCAGACCGGAAUAGGAGGUGAAACACUGCACGCGAGGAACCUGAAGCUGCAGUGGUGGAGCUAGAGCUGGACUCGCAAUGGCGCGCCAGGUGCCGGCUCACUCUUCUGUUGUGCAGCGAAUUCUGCGGGUGGCUAGGGAUGCCAAGAUAUCCGGACUGCAAGUCUGCAAUCUUUUGAGAGAGAGAUGACCUGAGUGAUUGGCUUUAUCUCCACAACAAUGUCCAUGAACAAUUCCAAACAGCCAGUGUCUCCUGCAGCUGGGCUACUUUCAAAUACAACCUGCCAGACUGAAAACCGGCUUUCUGUAUUUUUUUCAGUAAUCUUCAUGACUGUGGGAAUCUUGUCAAACAGCCUUGCCAUUGCUAUUCUCGUGAAGGCAUAUCAGAGAUUUAGACAGAAGUCCAAGGCAUCAUUUUUGCUUUUGGCUAGUGGCCUGGUAAUCACAGACUUCUUUGGCCACCUCAUCAAUGGAGCUAUAGCAGUGUUUGUAUAUGCUUCUGAUAAAGACUGGAUCCGCUUUGACCAAUCAAACAUCCUUUGCAGUAUUUUUGGUAUCUCCAUGGUUUUCUCUGGUUUGUGCCCACUUUUUCUAGGCAGUGUGAUGGCCAUUGAGCGAUGUAUUGGAGUAACCAAACCGAUAUUUCAUUCUACGAAAAUUACGUCUAAACAUGUGAAAAUGAUGUUGAGUGGUGUGUGCUUGUUUGCUGUUUUCAUAGCUCUGCUGCCCAUCCUUGGGCAUCGAGACUAUAAAAUUCAAGCAUCGAGGACCUGGUGUUUCUACAAAACAGAACACAUCAAAGACUGGGAAGAUAGAUUUUAUCUUCUGCUUUUUUCUUUUCUGGGGCUCUUAUCCCUGGGUGUUUCGUUUUUGUGCAAUGCCAUCACAGGAAUUACACUUUUAAGAGUUAAAUUUAAAAGUCAGCAGCACAGACAAGGCAGGUCUCAUCAUUUGGAAAUGGUCAUCCAGCUCCUGGCUAUCAUGUGUGUAUCCUGCAUUUGCUGGAGUCCGUUUCUGGUGACAAUGGCUAACAUUGGAAUAAAUGGAAAUCAAUCCCUGGAGACCUGUGAAACAACACUUUUUGCACUCCGAAUGGCAACUUGGAAUCAAAUCUUAGAUCCCUGGGUAUACAUUCUUCUAAGGAAGGCUGUCCUUAAGAAUCUCUACAAACUUGCCAGACGCUGCUGUGGAGUGCAUAUCAUCAGCUUACAUGUUUGGGAGCUUAGUUCCAUUAAAAAAUCCUUAAAAGUUGCUGCUAUUUCUGAAUCAUCAGUUACAGAGAAAGUGAAUCAGUAAGCACUUAGUUCAAUAGGGCAGUAAGUCAGCAUAGAUCUAGAACAAAAUUAAGAAAAAUAGUGGUGAUUUCAGCUAUUUAGAUAAAUAUAUAUAAAGCUUAACUGGAAAAUGCAGGUAGUAUGGAAGCACUUUUGUCAGUCAGCUUUUGAAAUUUGUUAAAUUAACAGUAUCGUGCAUUUUAGUUGUUUUUAUCAACUGGAGGCAAUACAAUGAAAUAAUGCCAUUGGAGUCAAACUGAAAAUAAUUUUUGGUUUAUUUGCAUUAUUUAUGCUUUUGCAAUGAGUGAGUCUGUUGAAUCCAAAAGCAUUUACUUGACCUGUUUGCGAAAGAAUAUCACCAACACAGUGAAAUGGCUCUUUUGGGAUUACUGCUCUGCAGCCAUUUAUUAUAGACUAGGCUUAAAAAAAUAGAGGUGUGUACACAUUUUUUGAUUGGGUCUAUUUUGCCCAUCAUUAUGUCAGCACAAUUAAUAGAUGAAUGGUCAUGUCACAUAAGUUUCACUGUGGCUUGUUAUAAUGACUUUCACAUAUACCGGCCGGAGCUGGCUAGCCUGUUUAGAUUUGUGAUAUUUGAUAAGUAUGACUACUUACAUUUAUUGUUAUAAAGGUCAAUUGUUUUUGAAGUUUGUUUUUUUUUGGUACGUCAUAGAUUUGCACAGUUUUCAAAUAAUGCUCAGAAAAUUCUAAUAUACUUAUAUACAAUAAAUAAUUUUUAGAGAAAUAGUGGCUCUAUGUCAUCACAUGUAUAGGCAACUUGCAUUGUGGCACUUCCUAAGAAACUACCAUGGAUAAUGCAAAUAGCUGAAACCCUAGUAAUAGGUGCAAAGAGCAUGGGCAAAGAGCCUUUAUGUUGAGCCACCAUUUCUGUGUCUAAGAAAAAAGAAACACAAUUUACAUACAAUAUUCAAAACUGCAGCUAAAGUGUCUCUGCUUUCUAUUUACAUUUAUGCGCACACACAUGCACACACAAGCAUAAAAAAUUUCUGUUGAUAGUGAAUUCAUAAAAUCUGUGAUCUGGCAUCAUCUAAAACUUAUGCUACCCAUGUUAAGGGGAAGAGUGGACAGUUAGGCAUUUUGAAUCGUUAAAUUGAUUAAUUAAAAGAACAGGGAUAAUCUCUCUAGAUUUCCUAAAAUACUUUAGACCUUUUCUUUGAUUAUUUGUAUAAUGCAACCCAAAGCAUUUUAGUAACCAUUCAAUGUUUUACAUCCAUUGGUUUAUAGGACAGGUAGUUUUGCUAUCAAUAUGCACUUCUAUAAAAGAGUUCUUUACCUUCAUUAACUGGGGUCCAUUGUAAAGUUAAUGUUCCCUGUGCUAAUGAUUUCAGAGUCUUUAGGAAAACUGUAUAGCUCAAAUAAGCUUAAGUUAUUAUGUUCACAAAGUAAAUUACUCUUGACAGGUAAUUUACAUUGGAAAUGGUUGUUAACUUUAGUGAAUUUUGGAAACUUCUCAUGAAUAAGUGAAAAUAAAUUAGCCUCACUGAAGAUUUAAAAACAACCAUUUACCAGUGAAUUUAAAGAAAGGAACUACAUGUACACACACUAGUAUGUAAUAUUCUUAAUUUAAGAUCUAUACAUGAUAAAUCACACACAUUUAGGUGAUUCUCAUAUGUUGUGUGCAUAGUAGGUGAUAAACACUCAUAAAACUGAAUUAUAAGCAAAAUUUCCAUGAUGUCAAAUGAGCUUGGAAUCGCAGUUUUUCUGUAUUUUUAAUUUAAACUGACAAAUAUAUAUUGGUUAUUGUAGAUAUAAAUAAAAUGUAUAAUGUGUGUAUACAUACACUUUAUUCAGUGUAUAUGUUUUUUAAAAAAGUCAUUGUAAUCUGUGGUUGAUGUUGCAAUAUUUAAAUGUCUUUGUGUGUUUCAAGAGUACUUAUAGUACUUUUAAAUGAUUUAGAGCCGAUAUCCCCUCUCCCUAGUGCACCCCCCCUCACUAUUGGUAUCCUGUGGUCAGAGUAUUGGUAUCCUAUAACUGAGGUACAAAGAAUCCAAAGUAGAUCCUUUUCUUUUUUAUGCUAUAUAAGCUGCUGCAGCCACCAUUUCCAUGUUGAUUGUUUAGGGAGAGGCAUGAAGCAGAAACUUUCACACAGGAUUUCUCUUCUCUGUUAGAAAUGUUUCAUCAUUGCCUUGAGAAACUUGGUCAUGUGUGUCUGCACUAAGGUGAUACUGUACAUGACUGUGUGUGGGAAGUAUGGGUAUGCAAGGUUUUAGGAGUGUCAGGGAGGUCACUCAGCCACAUUGGAAGGGUUAUUUGUAGGAACUGAGCAUAGAUUUAUGGCCACUAAAUUGGUUUUGUAACCUUAAACACAAGAGGUAGACACCAAAAAUUGAGAAACAAAUUGCAAGAGAAUAUAUAUAUAUAUAUAUAUAUAUAUAUAUAUAUAUAUAUUCCAAGCUUAUAAUUUACCAAUUUUGAACUUUCAAGCUCAAUUUAAAGCUUAUAGUUAGACCAUUAGAGUAACUGGAUCUCCUUUCUCCUUAGAGAAAUAAUAUCUAAGCAACUUUACAUUUUGCUUGACCAUAAUAUAUAUGGGGGAUUCUACUAUAUUAUUCUGAGCAAAUGACUCGAAAAUGCCAGGCUUUCUCUGAUGUUAGUGAAUUUUUUUUAAAAAUAAGGUCAAUAUAUAACAAUACAUAGGUUUUUAUGAUUAUGAAUACAAAGAUAAAUAAUGUUGACUCAUAAUUAGUUGUGGGUACAUUGUCAAACAUCAGACCUUUACUUAUGGAUUUAAUUCUGUGGUAGAAAUAUGCCUUCUCCCCUAAAGGUAGAGCAUUGCUUCCAAUUACCUACAUUGCUGAAGUGGAAAAUGCUUAAUAGUUAGCGCUUGUACAUACACAUCUGUCAUAUAAUAGUCUUGUUCGCUCACUUUCAGACUUAAAAUCUGCUUUGGUUUAGUGUCUAACCUGAGUUUAGAAUCCAAUUAAAAGCAUAGGGUGAACUUUUUAUAAAACUUGUUAGCUUUACUUAUAUUGCCAUCAUUGUUCCCAAUUAAUAAAUUGUCUGUAGUUAAAAUAUAAAGUGGGAAUACAUUUUCUUACUUCAUCUGGAUGUGAGAAUAUUUUGCUACCUUACAAUAAUGUUGGAGUGCAAGUUAUUACUGAUACAUUUUCACAGUAGACGAAAUGUGUUAUGUGAAUAAGUGUAUUUUGUGUUUGUCAUUCUUGGUCAGAUUGUACCAGAGAUUAAAUAGUGAUAUGUAUAUUUUGUUGCUUGCAUCAUGUAAUUUUAGUGUUUGACUAGCUUAAAACUUCAAACAAGUGAUUUUAUAAUAAACUUGAAAC